GUGGGUAAUUCUGGAAUUUCCAUGUGUUUUUAGGAACUUGUUGAAGUAAAAAAGAAACAAUUUUCAUUCAUAAAUCACAACGAAACGAAAAACUGCGAUAAAAAUCGAAUUCACUGAUUCGAGAGAAGAAAGAGAGAGAAAGAGAAAAUGGGUGAAUACGAAUUCGAAGACGAAGAGAGAAAAUUCCAACAACAAGACGAAGAUCAUACUCACAACGAUUCUUCUCCACCACCACCACCACCGCCACCACCUGUUGAUGAAGAAGAUCUCACCGAUUCCAAAACCAACCUUGGUUCUCGUGAUAAUGACAGAGAAUCCUCCAGAAGUAGAGAAAAGGAGCGGGAGAAUGGGAGAGAAAAGGAGAGAAAAAGGGAUAAGGGAAGAGACAGGGAUAGAAGCAGGGACAGGGAUAGGGAAAAAAGCAGGGACAGAGAGAGUGAGAGAAGCAGGGACAGAGAGAGUGAGAGAAGCAGGGACAGGGUCAGAGAUAGGGAGAGAAGCAGGGACAGGGGCAGAGAUAGUGAGAAAAGCAAAGACAGGGAACGCGAUCGGGAUGGGGAGAAGGAAAGGGAGAGGGACCGUGACCGUGACCACCAUAGAGAUCGCCACAGGGAUCGUACUGAGAGAAGGGAAAGGGUAAGGGAUAGAGAUGACGAUGAUUAUCACAGAAGCCGAGGCUAUGACAGACGAAGGGAGUAUGAUCGAGAGGAUAGACAUAGGAGUAGGCGCCGGUCUCGAUCUAGAUCAAGGUCAAGGGCUCGAUCUGAGCAUAGAUCAAGGUCACGUUCUCGUUCACGCUCCAAAAGCAAAAGGACUAGUGGUUUUGAUAUGGCUCCCCCUACUUCUGCGAUAUUGGGUGCUACUGGUGUUGCAGGUCAGAUCACUGGGGCAAGUCCUGCUAUUCCUGGAAUGUUUCCAAAUAUGUUUCCCCUGCCUACAAAUCAGGUGCAGCCGUUUAGUGCUCUACCUGUCUUGCCAGUUCAGGCUAUGACACAACAGGCUACACGACAUGCUAGACGGGUAUAUGUUGGUGGCCUCUCUCCUACAGCUAAUGAGCAGUCAGUUGCAACUUUCUUCAGUCAGGUUAUGGCUACAAUUGGAGGAAACACCGCUGGUCCAGGUGAUGCAGUUGUGAAUGUUUACAUUAACCAUGACAAGAAGUUUGCCUUUGUGGAGAUGAGGUCCGUUGAAGAAGCCAGCAAUGCAAUGGCUUUGGAUGGAAUUAUUUUUGAGGGUGCACCAGUGAAGGUCAGGAGACCUACUGAUUAUAAUCCGUCUCUAGCUGCUGCCCUAGGGCCAAGCCAACCUAACCCAAACCUUAAUCUGGGCUUAGUUGGACUAUCACCUGGCUCUGCUGGGGGACUUGAUGGUCCUGAUCGGAUUUUUGUUGGUGGAGUUCCUUAUUAUUUUACUGAAACUCAAAUCAGAGAGCUUUUAGAAACUUUUGGUCCUCUUCGGGGUUUUGAUCUAGUGAAAGAUAGAGAAACAGGGAAUUCAAAGGGUUAUGCAUUUUGUGUUUAUCAAGAUCUUGCAGUUACAGAUAUUGCCUGUGCAGCUCUCAAUGGAAUAAAAAUGGGUGACAAGACUCUUACAGUUAGACGAGCUAAUCAAAAUACAAACCCAAUGCAGCCUAAGCCUGAGCAAGAGAGCAUUUUAAUGCAUGCACAGCAGCAGAUUGCUCUGCAGAAACUUAUGUUACAACCAGCAUUGGUGGCAACAAAGGUGCUGUGUUUAACUCAUGCAGUUUCUCCUGAUGAGCUCAAAGAUGAUGAGGACUAUGAAGAGAUUCUUGAUGAUAUGCGACAGGAAUGCUCUAAAUUUGGUAAUUUGGUUAAUGUGGUGAUCCCUCGCCCACGGCCUGAUGGUGAACUGUGCCCUGGAGUUGGAAAGGAAAUAAUGGCGUGAUUCAUGCAGUCAAUCUCAUCUAGCAAACAAAGCUUUUGAUGUUGUUUUUCUGUUAUAUAGAAAUUGAAAAAUUGUUUCGAUUUAAUUUAUAUACAAUGUCAAUAUAAAGAAGUUCUACACAUGCAUCCAAAACGAGUAUGCCAAUUUAUGUGUUUAACUCAUUAAUUGAUGUGACAACACACAUAAUUGGAUGCAUGUGUAAUCUUUUUUUUACACUGACCGUGCAUAUGAAUUAAACUCCUUUCCUUUUUUUUUUUUGGUGAAAAAACUCCUUUCCUAUUGCCAAUGCUGCAUUACUUUUUUUUGAAAAAAAAUGGGAAUUUGUCAGAAAUACUUAUGGAAAAUGAUGUAGUUAGUAAUUUGCUGAUGAA